CUCACUCUGCUGUGUCAAACGUGCACGCGUUUGUUGCCAGCGCCACCAUGCAGCGAAUCAUUUCUCUGUGAAUCACUCUACUGGUAGCUCAACGCGUCAGACAUUUCAUAGCUUAUCCUAUACUGCUAAAACGAGACACUCCUAUUCAGUUCUAGAACAUCAGUCUUACUGGUGGCAUGGUCUUGGGUCUUGUCAUCCCUGUUUUUGUGAACUCCUUGACAUUUCCUUCGGAUGGAUAACAGGUCCAACAGUUUGGCGACGCCGACCAUAGUUUUAACUUGAUAACGUGCUGUUUCUUCUAGGCCUAAAUUUGUAUUUGUUUGGACGAUAUAGAGUAGAGCGUUGAAAACGGAGUCAUCAUGAGAGAUGUACAACGGUAUGCAUGGUCGAAUAAAAAAACUCCAAGGAAAAAACCCACGAACAGCCGCGUGUCCAUGGCAUCACCAGAUCUGACUAUUCUAUUCUGUGAAGACGCUAAAGAGUGGGACCGAUAUUUAACCCAAACAUUUCUUUCAUGUAGUGGACCUCAAUCUAUCUCCAUUAACCACGAACGUUUAGAAACCUUGGUAUUUCCUCUUCCAUCUGUUUGUGCACAGAGUUUUACUUCUGCCAAAGCAGUGCUUAUCAUUAUGUCACCUGCAUCUUUGGAGUUCAUUGACGGUCAUGCUGAAGUUUUCGAAUUAGGAAAAUUGUUGAGACCUAACCAAACAGUCGCCAUGCUGUGUGGCAUCGACGAAGGCGACAUUUCACCUUUCCAUAAAGCAGCUCUUGUAUCGUAUGAUGCAUGGCCACGUUUGAUUGCUCGUGAUCAAGACAGAGAAUGUGUAGAAAAUGUGAUCGAAACAACCUUCGGCGUUUUGAAUCGUGCUCAAGAAAGUCGAGCUUUUCAAAAAGCACAGUUCAAGGUGUCACCUCGCAAAAUCAAAGAGGGUAAUGGGAAAGUGUUCGUGAUCUUAGACAGAGCUAUUAGGGAUGAUCAGAAAGUUCAGAUAAUACUAGAAGGUAAUGGAGUUAAGGAGAUGCCAGUGAAAAGAAGGAACCCAUACACCUUACAGUUUGUAGUUCCUGACGGCUGUAUGCAAGUAUGUAAGCUGCUAAAUGUUCAUGUAAAAUGUGAUGAUUUUUUCUUGGGUGUCCGUGCUUUGAAGUGUGAAUCCAAAAUGGGAGAACUCUUUACAUUACUACAGAGUGUUAAUUCACCUUAUGAAAUGCUGCGACAAACUAUGGGAGUCGCAUCCUGUAGUGAGGUGGACAAUUUACUUGUAAAAAACUUCCAAAGAAACCUUCCCUCAAAUGGAUUUAAAUUGCUGGACCUGGAUAUCAAUUUAAACCAGAAGAGUGAAGAAGAACUUCCCACAUUACUUCACUUUGCUGCCAGGUAUGGUUUAAGAGAACUGACAUCACAGUUGCUUCAGUGUUCUGGGGCAGCACAGGCAUGUAAACUUCAGAAUGUUAAUGGCUUCUCUCCAGCUCAGCUGGCUAACCAGGAAGGACACAAUGAUAUAGCAGGAAUGCUUGAAGAUUAUCAGAAAUUGACCGAGAGUGACGGUUUUGAUUCUUCGGCUGAUGGAACGAUGGAAGCAAUUUAUGAAUGUAUGCAGGACAAUGAAGAUCCUGAAUCACACAUUUAUGAUGUCCCAUUUCCUGUUCCUAUUCCUUCAAUAUUUGGCAACCUGAAUGACGUGCCUGUUUAUACAAGAUCCAUGCUGAUUGAGGGACAUGUGGAAUCACACUAUCUGGAAAUGGCUUCUGGUUAUAAACCACAAAAUUCAGAAAAUUUGGAGCCUCAUGAGAAAGUUCUCUUGGGUAUAGAAGAAGAUAAGAAAAAUGAGAAAGAUGAACAAGUAAAUGAAACAGAACUUCGUAAUACUUCAACCACACAGCUCUCAUCUUUAAAUGAAUCUGCCAAUCACCGUGAACUAAUUGCACUAAGUACUGGACAAAAAGAACUACUAGAUAUUCUUGAAAGUUAUAAAAAAGGAGCAAGAUUUUCAGAGGUUGAGAAGUUGUUCCUUGAAUGGCAGAUGCACCACAUUGUUCCCUCUGAAAAUUCUAUAGAAGGGCUGAAGAAACUACGUGAGAUUUACAAGCGAGCAAAAAAACAAAAAUACACUAAGAGACAAACAAAAAAUUUCUUUGAACUUCAAACCAUAUUUUCAUCAAAACUUGGCCGAAAGGAUGUGUUAACAGCUAAGCAACAUCAAAGUAUGUCCUCUGUUGCUGGGAGAAAAGAUGGACAGAAAGAAAAUGAAGAUAUUUUACAACAGCGUAUUAGUACUUUAAGUACCCUGUCUUUUACUAGCAGUUCCAGUUCAUCAUCAAUAGAUGGAGUGAAUUUAAACAGUAACUAUGACAGUGGGAAUGACUCUUGUGAUGAUUUAGUUCGCUCAAAAGAGGAUAUCACAGUGAGAAAAAUGGUAUCUGUGAACGGACAAACAAAUCGGCCACCUGUUCCUCCUCCUCGUCCACAAAACUUACGGAAACUAUCCAUACAAAAGUCUUCCAGUAGCAAGUCUUCAGGUCGACUGGUCAGUCACCAGCAAAAAUUAAAUAAGUUUGAAAACCUUACAUACAAGAAUAUUCCACCUGUUAUGGUGCCUAACAAGAUUUCUUCACAGACCACAGCCUCUGAAGAGAAUUCUGAGUCUAUAUAUUACAAUUCCGAUGCUUAUUAUCUGAAAACAAAACACACUGAGUUUCCAGAGAACUCGACAAAAAACAAGAGCUGUACCCCAACUCCACCUUUAGACAUGCUACCCUCAGGUCAACUGUUUAAAGAACUUAAUGAGCAAAGUCAUAGGAAGUACAGAACACCUGUUGAAAGAACAAAUUCAGAGAGGUUCUCAAGAAAACCAUCUGGUACUUCACAUAUGUCUGUGCAUUACCAGCUUAGUACUUCUGACAGCUGCCCUGCUCUGAACCUUUCAGUUUCAGCUGAAGAUUAUACAACAAAAGCAAGCAAUGAGAAAAUGCUGCUCCACAGAAGUGAUGAAUUGCAUUAUGUUAUCCCCCCUCCUCCUAUUGCAGUCGUGAAAAAACAUGAAGAAUCAGAUGUCACUCUUCAUUCUAAUCAUGAUUAUGCAAUUCCUAGAAAACCUGAACAAAUAGGUAAGAUUUGCAAAGAAGAGAAAAGAAUAAAUAAAGUUCUUGUUCUACCAAAACCAGUACCACUUAAUAAGGACAGUGACAGUGAAUUGCAUUAUUACAAUUUGCUUCCAUCUAAAGGCUUUAGAGAAAUUCAGCUAGGUGAUGAUAUGCCAGAUGAACCACCACCACCACCACCUGUUGAUGAUUUAUCAACAUCAUUAACCUCUUCUGGCUCACCUUUUAAACCUGGUGCUCCACCUCUUCCACCAAGAGGUAUGACUGCACCCAGGCCACAGAUGAAUAUGAAUUACAAAUCUAAAUACAAAUAAAAAAUUAUUUGUCUCCUCAGGUGAAUAGAUUUAUUACAUAUAAAAUUAAUUGACAAGAUGGAAGUCUUGUUACACUGAAACUAUCUCGAAGAAAUAAAAUUUGUUACAUGUUACUCUUGGCACAGUUGAGAAAUAUCAUCUUACCAGAUAGAUGAGUUUUCCUUUUUAUCUCACAGGGUGUAUGAUGUGUUACCCAGCAAAUUAUUACUGCACAGGUACAACAAUUAUCUGAUCAGAUAAAAGACCUGUCAAUGUAGCAAGUGUUUCACCAAAUUAAAUAAUUAUGAUCUUAUCAGGUGAAAAGUUUUGUUGCAUAUAUGAAAAUUUUAGCAAAAUGGAAACUUCAAAGCAUGUAAUAAUGCUUGAAUACAUGUAAAAGAAAAAUUAAGAAUAUAUAAUGAAAAUGGUAAAAAUUACUUAAAUUGAUUAGCCAAAAACUUAUUAUUUGCAAUGACUUGAAGAAAAAAACCCAUUAGACUGAACUAUUAGCUUAAAACAUGAUUCAUAGUGAGGAGUUAAUCUGACAGAUAAAUAAAUCAAGUUGUAAGUUCUGAAAGAAAUUCUUUUGUCUUAAGCAGAGAAACUUCAGUACUUCAAAUUCCAAUGGAAAUAUUGCUGUAUUAAACUAUGAAAAUAAUUUAUAUUUCAGCUGUGAUUGAAAUACUGUUGUCUUAAAGAAAAAACUAUUUCAAGCCUGCUUGAAGUAGUUAAGCUAAGAAAAAAUCAAAACAUCAAGAUCUAGUUGAAUUACUUUUUCUUAAAUAAGUAAAAAGGAUCAAUGUUUCAAACUUUAGUUAACAGCAUUAUUGUCUUCACCAAUAAGAGAAUCAGUACUUCAAGCUAUAAUAGAAGCAUUGUUUUCUUUAGCAAAUAACUGAAUCAGUACCUCAACCUUCAACAGAAAUACUGUUGUCUAAGGAAAAAAAAGAAUCAAUAUUUCAAAUUGGUGUUUGAGAUUUGCAAAAAUUUGUAUGGGAAAUAUAGUAAUGAGCAAGCAUUUCAUCUUUUUUUUUUCUGUACCAGUAUGUUACUACAUAAGAGAAAGUAAAUGAGGAAAAGAGGGAUAUAUGUGUGCUUAAUGCUAUGUAAUCAAUAAUACC